UCUUGCUGGAACAUUCCCAACCCCUAUGGCUUAUUGCCUCCAAAGUACCAUUUCCCACUCUCCAUUACCUGUGACCCCUGUGGUCUCUCCAGUCUCUCUGUGCCCCUCACAUAUGGGGUGACUCCCCUUUCCCUGGUGCCAUCAGCCAGUUAGACCUCCUAGCUUGAGCCUCUUAGUCUUUAACUAGACUGAUGGCAACCUCCAUCACCCCUACAGCAACAAAAGGAGUUGAGUAUUUCCAGGGAGGAUUCCAUGGGGAGCUUGCAUACUUAAACUAUCCGCUGUCCUUGGACCACAUCAUCCCAGCUCAAUCUUAAGCCCACUAUCAGCAGCACCUCUGGUCACCCAGGACCAAUGGUAGAUUUCUUCCCCAGAAGUGUCCACUCUGGGAAUCCGAGCUAGCAGUAGAAGGCUCAGGGGCCCAGUGAGGAGUGCAGCAGAAAUGACAGGGCCCAUGUCAUAGGAGGGAAGGAUGGGGAAGCAGUGCUCCCCCAACCCCAUAUUGGUGGGUACUGGAUUGGGAGGAAGUGAUGAUAGUGUUGGGGGCAGGGGUGCCAGAAAGGUCAAAGAAGCAAUAGAGAAGCGGUCAAAAGGCACAGGAAGAAGCAGAUGAAAGAGAUACCAGCCGGGCCCACUCCCUCCCCAGAAAAGACUUUGGGAGAAAGGAGAAGAUCUUGGGGUUAGCCUGUUCUUACUAAAACUGCUCCUGGCCUUGGGGUCCUCAGUUGGGAUGGGGCAGGAGACCUGCACCAGUCCAGGGCAAGCUGUAUCUGCCUGUGACAGUCACCUUUUCUCCCUUGAUGUGUUGCUGCUUAUUGACCUGGAAAACCCAUGAUGAGGCCAGAGGGAGGAGGAAGAAGAGCAAGUCCUCUGAGAAAAAGCCCAGGGAGUCAGGAUAGUUUUCCCUGGGAAAGCAAAGGCUUGAUGGAGAGACCAGAAGGGUUUUCCUCUCUUUGAAUUAUUUUGGAAAGUGCAACGGUCUUUGUCCAUUUGGGUUGAGAACAUUGAAAAUAGACCAAUAGGAAUGGCACAUCUUCCCGGAAUGGACUUAAGUUGAACACAACUUCUCAGGAGUUGAGGGCUGUGAGUUUUUGCAGGGUCUGCAGAACCUCCUUCUCUAAAGAACUUAGGAGAGCAACUUUGAUUUUAGGCCUGGUGGGGGAUCUGCUAAGAAUUUGGUCUCCUUCCUUCUCUACUUCCAAGUCUAGAGGUAUGGGGAAGAGGAUGUGGAUGGGGCAGUGUGUCUCCAGCUUGACAGGAUCUUAGGAGGCUGCAGGUCCAGCACUUCCCCUUGAUGGCAGGAGCAGGGGGAGGCAGGAAGGCUGUGUAGGGGUCUUCCCUACUUGGUUACAUCAAGCUUCCCAGGCUUCUUAGCUCCCAAUUGACAUUCAGGGUAGUCCUGGCGCCCAGGGAGGGUCUCUUGCCCACUGAGAAUCUCUGUGCCUCCUUUGGUUGGGGAAGUUAAGAACAAUGCCAGUCCAAAAACCUACUGGCUGGGGUGUCUCAGCUUUGCCCUGAACCCAACAUGCUGCCAGUCUCCUCAGGCUAGAAUUGGAGGGAAGGGGUGAGGAGGAGGAGGAUUUAAUGAUGUGCAGAGCCCUGGACUUACAGCCAGAGAGGCUUGGACCUGUAUUGCUCCCCAGCUGGCUGACCUUGGGCAAGUCACUGUCCAUCUCUUAGCCGCUGGUUUCUCAUCUGUAAAGCAGGAGGGUUGAACUAGGUGAUUGCCAAGCUGUCUAGACAGCCUACUAAAAAAACAAAACAAAACCUCAAGUAAUUGAAACUGAUCCUUGACGCAGCCUUCUUUUCCCUUUUCCAGGCCUCUGUCUUCCCUUUGAUAACCACACCCAACCUCUCUGGCCUCAUUUUGCUCUCAGCAGACACACAGCUAAUCCAGAGAUUCCCAACUUUUUCAAAUUCCUAGUGCUCUUCCCUCAUGAUAGGAGUUAUCCUUUAGUACCCAUCAGUUGAGAAAAUCCAGUCACUAGCUCUUUUAAAAGGGUCACUUAGCACCUAGAUACAUUUAAAGACUGCAGUCUAUCUAGGAGAGAUUAUUCAUUCUCUGCAGUCAUUGAUGGUCCUUUUACGGAUUCCCAAACCCUCUACAUUUACUCUCUGGCCAGCCAGGGGUUCAAGAUCCUGAAGGCUGGAAACUACAGGUGCAGUCCUUACAGCUGUUGUAAAUAAGGCCUGACACCUGUCCCUAUCCCCAGAAUUGAGUUUUUAGGGGACGCCAAGCCCCAGAUAAGGAGCCGUGUUGGCACAGUAGUUAAAGCUUUAGGUCGGCAGUUCAAACCCACCAGCCACUUCACAGGAGAAAGAUGUGGGAAUCUACUUCCAUAAAGAUUACAGCCUUGGAAAUCCCGUGGAGCAGUUCUACUCUGUCCUAUAGGGUCGCUAUGAAUCAGCAUCAACUCAACGGCAAUGGGUUUUUUGGUUUAAGCACCAGAGGAGAACCACCUCCCACGUGCUUCUAGAGUGAAGAGUAAAUAAAUGAAGCCUUUUAAAGGUUAACAGCUGCCCACCCAGAGGUCAGGGGCUGCCUGGCUAUGUGGGGAGAUUGUGGGAGUUCUCUUUGAGGGAGCCCAAAUGAGGGCAACAUGCCGGUCACUGGUUCACACCAUGGCCCAUCUCAGAUGACUUCUCUGGGGUGGUGGUUCCUAACCCUGGCUGAGCAUCAGAGUCACCCAGGCAGCUUGUGGGAAAUACAGACACCUGGACCCCACCCCUGGAAACUCUGAGUCAGUAGGCCUGGGCGGGCUGCCAUAUUUCAGUUUCACCAGCUCUCUAGGUGAUUCUGAUGCCCAGCGUGCGUUAAGAGCCAGCACCAGUAUUGCUUAGAGAGCCAGAGCAGGGCUUUGGAGUCAGACCUUGGGCAAAACCUUUGACUUCUCUGAGCCUUGAUUUCCUCAUCUGUAAAAUGAGGAUAAUGACAAGCCCUGCCUCCAGGGCUGAGGAUUGAUUGAAAUCAGCAGGUGAGCUCCUGCUCAUCACUGGCCUCCGCCCAUGCCAUUUCCUUUCCAGCAUGGCCCCUCCCCUAGUCACACCCUCUCCUCCCCACACUGCACCCCACCACAGGAAGCCUGGGAGUCUGAGGUCAGCCCAGCUCUCUGGGGAGAGGCCCUGAGCCCUGAGUCUCUGGAGCUUUUUAUUCCUCCCUUGUCCUGACACCUGAUAGCUCACGGGCAGAGCCUCUGCCCUGGGCUCUUCAGAUUCCAAUGUCAGGAGAUUCAGGUGAGGAAAAUGGUCUAAGUAGGUCUUCGAAGACAGUGUGGACAUGUGAGCCAAGGUGCUGUCCCACAACCUGUACACAGUCCUGCACAUCCCGCACGACCCUGUGGCCCUGGAGGAGCACUUCCGAGAUGACGACGAUGGUCCCGUGUCCAGCCAGGGCUACAUGCCCUACCUCAACAAGUACAUCCUGGACAAGGUGGAGGAGGGGGCUUUUGUUAAGGAGCACUUUGAUGAGCUCUGCUGGACCCUGACGGCCAAGAAGAACUAUCGGUUGGAUAGCAACGGGAACAGCUUGCUCUCCAAUCAGGAUGCCUUCCGCCUCUGGUGCCUCUUCAACUUCCUAUCUGAGGACAAGUACCCUCUGAUCAUGGUUCCUGAUGAGGUGGAAUACCUGCUAAAGAAGGUUCUCAGCAGCAUGAGCUUGGAGGUGAGCUUGGGUGAGCUGGAGGAGCUGCUGGCCCAGGAGGCCCAGGCGGCCCAGACCACCGGAGGGCUCAGUGUCUGGCAGUUCCUGGAGCUCUUCAACUCAGGCCGCUGCCUGCGGGGCGUGGGGCGGGACACCCUCAGCAUGGCCAUCCACGAGGUCUACCAGGAGCUCAUCCAGGAUGUCCUGAAGCAGGGCUACCUGUGGAAGCGAGGACAUUUGAGGAGGAACUGGGCAGAACGCUGGUUCCAGCUGCAGCCCAGCUGCCUCUGCUACUUUGAGAGUGAAGAGUGCAAGGAGAAAAGGGGCACUAUCCCGCUGGACCAGCACUGCUGCGUGGAGGUACUGCCCGACCGCGAAGGGAAGCGCUGCAUGUUCUGUGUGAAGACCGCCUCCCGCACAUACGAGAUGAGCGCCUCAGACACGCGCCAGCGCCAGGAGUGGACGACUGCCAUCCAGACGGCAAUCCGGCUGCAAGCCGAGGGGAAGACAUCGUUGCACAAGGACCUGAAACAGAAGCGGCGUGAGCAGCGGGAGCAGCGGGAGCGACGCCGGGCAGCCAAGGAGGAGGAGCUGCUGCGGCUGCAGCAGCUGCAGGAGGAGAAGGAACGGAAGCUUCAGGAACUGGAGCUGCUGCAGGAGGCGCAGCGGCAGGCUGAGCGCCUGCUGCAGGCGGAGGAGGAGCGCUGCCGCAGCCAGCACCGUGAGCUGCAGCAGGCUCUCGAGUGCCAGUUGCGCGAAGCAGAGCAGGCCCGGGCCUCCAUGCAGGCUGAAAUGGAGCUGAAGGAGGAGGAGGCUACCCGGCAGCGGCAGCGCAUCGAGGAGCUGGAGGAGAUGCAGCAGCGGCUACAGGAGGCCCUGCAACUGGAGGUGAAAGCUAGGCGGGACGAGGAGGCUGUGCGCCUUGCCCAGACCAGACUGCUGGAGGAGGAGGAGGAGAAACUGAGGCAGUUGCUGCAGCUGAAGGAGGACCAGGAGCGCUACAUCGAGCAGGCACAGCAGGAGAAGCAAGAGCUGCAGCAGGAGAUGGCGCAACAGAGCCGCUCCUUGCAGCAAGCCCAGCAGCAGCUGGAAGAGGUGCGGCAGAACCGGCAGCAGGCAGAUCAGGAAGUGGAGGCUGCCCAGCGGAAGUUGCGCCAGGCCAGCACCAAUGUGAAACACUGGAACGUCCAGAUGAACCGGCUCAUGCAUCCUAUUGAGCCCGGAGACAAGCGUCCCACCACCAGCAGCUCCUUCAUAGGCUUCCAGGCCCCCCUGCUUGCUCGCCGUGACUCGUCCCUAAAGCGCCUGACCCGCUGGGGAUCCCAGGGCAAUAGGACCCCUUCACCUAUCAGCAGUGAGCGGCAGAAGUCCCUCAAUGGCGGAGAUGAAGCUCCCAUCCCGGCUUCCACCCCUCAGGAAGAUAAACUGGACCCAGCACCAGAAAAUUAGCCUCUGCUAGCCAUUUGUUCCCGACAGUCUCAUGCCCGCUAGGACCCGGCCACAGCUGGCCUGUGGGUGACUCUGGCCCCUGCUGGUGCCAGGGGCCCAGGCCCUCUAACCAUGAAACAGUCCAGGGUGGAACCUGGUUCAUCUUUCGCUCCAGCCCCAGGCCCCAGACUACUGAGGCCAUCUGGGAUGUUAAUCCUUGAGAACUUGGCCAUGUGCCUUAGCCCCAAGGACCCAAUGACCUGGUCUGGGAAAGAGAGUGAAAAAAGCAGGAAGGAGGAGGCAUCUGCCCCAGGCUGACCCCAAGUUAUGGAGGCACAUUUCUAAAUAAAAACUGCUCUUGGAAUGAAUUAUUGGCUCAGGUCUGCUGUCCAUCUCUUUUUCCCUCAAGUCCAGUUAUAGGUAUUCAUAGGGGCAGAUUAACCAGUAAGCAAGGUAUGCAUGGGUUUACAAUAAGCAAGGUACGCACGGACUUAAACUUGAGUUUACCUACUAAUCUGUGGUGCACAAUUUCACAUGGAUGAGAAAAAUAGGUGAAAUUGUGUACUACAGAUUAGUAAGUAAGCACAAGUAAGCUCGUGCAUACCUUGCUUAUUCGGUAGUCUGUCCCUGGGUAUUCAACUAUGAAUACAUGAGCUAACUACGGGAAAAAAGUAGCACAUUCAUUCAUUUAGAGAUAUAUCUCCAAUGUAUUUUUAGUAUUUGUGUUCAAUAUUUGUAAAAACUAUAAUAUUCAUGUUGUUUUGCUCAAUUGGAUAUUCCUAAUAUUUGUAAUGGCCACUCAAGCCAGAAGAAAAUUUCUCACUUAGAGCUUUCUAGUUACAUGGAACUUAAAAAUUUUUAACCUCAACUUACAUACAUAUUUUGGUUGCAGAGAUGUAUGUUACGGUGAUGAAUAAAAGACUUUCAUGCAUAAAAAUAUGUUACAUUAAUUUUUGAGGGGAAAGUGGAAUGGAAAUACAAGUUCAAGGAGAGAAAGGGUAUCUUAGUUAUCUAGUGCUACUAUAACAGAAAUAGCACAAGUGGGUGGCUUUAAC